AGCGAAGAAGAGUCUGAUCGAUUAAUUCAAGAUGGCGGCUUCCUUACUGAGGUUCACCCGCGGGGCUUUAGGUAGAACCUUGAACGCUGCGAGUUGGAAUGCUGCACUGAUCCCAGCACGUUCUGAAGCAACAGCAACUGAGACAAGACCUACAGUUAGGCCCAAGGAUGCAGUGACUCAUAAGCAACUGUCCCAGUUUGGGGAAUACGUGGCUGAAAUUCUUCCCAAAUAUGUGCAACAAGUUCAGGUGACAUGCUACAACGAGCUGGAGGUUAUGAUCCACCCAGAGGGAAUCAUACCUGUGUUGACUUUCCUUCGGGAUCACACCAAUGCCCAGUUCCGCAACAUGACUGACCUCACUGCAGUUGAUGUUCCAACUCGGCAAAACCGCUUUGAGAUUGUGUAUAAUCUGCUGUCACUGCGCUUCAACUCUCGCAUUCGAGUAAAGACGUACACAGAUGAGCUGACACCGGUUGACUCUGCUGUCCCUGUCCAUCAAGCGGCCAACUGGUAUGAAAGAGAGGUGUGGGACAUGUUUGGAGUUUUCUUUGCAAAUCAUCCGGAUCUGAGAAGAAUCCUAACAGAUUAUGGUUUUGAAGGCCAUCCAUUUAGAAAAGAUUUCCCGCUGUCUGGCUAUGUAGAGGUGCGCUAUGAUGAUGAGCUGAAACGGAUUGUUGCAGAGCCUGUGGAACUUGCACAGGAGUUCAGGAAGUUUGACCUGAACAGUCCAUGGGAGGCAUUUCCUACAUACAGGGAGCCCAAAGAUGCACCCAAACUAGAGGCUGGGGACAAACCUGCGAAGUAACGUCCUUUUAUUUCUGAUAGACCUCUCAAGCAUCUCAAUAAAGAAUGAAUUCCAAAAUAACUACUGUGCUUCCUCACGGACUUGUUCACAGCUUAGGCACUGUAAUGUCUCCCUGCCCCCAUGGUGCUAUUCUAUACAUAUCCCUGCCUGACACAAAUGCAAGUGUUGUGGUAGUAAAAAUACACAUUUAGAAAUCACAAGCGUAAAGUAACCAUUCAAAAAUUUUGCAGAAUUAGAAAUGCUUUAUAACCAAUAAAUGUGCCCUAGAAGCAUGGUGAUAGAAGCAGGAUACUGGCAAGUAGAAUACAGACCUCCAUUUAGACACAUGCAUUUAUGUUUAAAAUAAAAGUUAGAAUCUUUUAAUUCUUGAAUCUGAAUCUAAUUCUGUUAACUCUGGCUAGUUAAAGCAUAUACGCAGAGCCAUGGCCUCACUUUCGUUUAUGGGUGGUUGACAUGACAUGGCCUUUUUUUGGUCCAAUGUGUCAAAGAUAAGUAAAUUAUAGAAAAAUAUGUCAAAAACUGGUGAUAUUGUUCAGAAAGUGCUGUUUUAUAUGAACAUACACAGCAUUCAUGUGAUUUCAAUUUUCCAUUUUUUCACAAUUUUCAACCAAACCAGAAAAAGCUCAUAUGGCGUGACUGUCCCAAGCACAUUUCACAAAGUUUGAUUUUGAAUAAAAACAAAAAAAUGAA